UCGCUGUGACAGGGUCAAUACGUGUCAAUGACAUCACAGAUGACAGGAAAUGCCACUCCCCCAGCACCCAGUGGUGGUUGCCCCCCUGUAGGGAUUCAGCUGGAGGGCCUGGUUCUGCCCCCGGUUCUAACCGUGGAUGUAGUUCUGGGCCUGCUGGGGAAUGCUGUGGCUUUUUGGAUCUUCUGCUUCAAGCUGAGGUCCUGGAACCUGAACACCAUUUUCCUGUUCAACCUUGUCAUUGCUGACUUCCUGGCGUUGGUCAGUCUGCCACUGAGAAUUGAUGCCUUGCUCAGAGGCUACUGGGUGUUUGGCGAUGGCUUGUGUCGCGUCAACCUGUUCUUGAUGUUUUCCAACCGCUCAGCCAGCAUUGCACUUAUGACCGUGGUUGCCAUUUACCGCUACUUCAAGGUGGUCCAUCCUCACCAUCGCUUCAACAGGAUGACAAGGAGACAAGCAAUUUUGUUGGCGGCGCUGGUCUGGCUGCUGGUCAUCAGUCCUCGGGUCCCCAUGUUAGGCUACAACCACAUUAAGGGAUCAGGAAACACCACCCAGUGUUUCUUCUUCACCUCCUACAAGGAGGCUUCACGAGCCAUUAUCCUCCUGGUCGGCAUGCACCGUGUCCUGACAGUUCUGGAAUUCAUCAUCCCCAUGGGAAUGCUAACGUUCUGCUCUGUCCGGAUCUCUCACUUCCUAAAGGGCCGACAGAUGGGGGACCCUCGCAAGGUGCGAAAAGCCAUGCGAGUGUGCGUGGUCAUUGUUAUCGUGUUCAUAGUCUGCUUCAUGCCCACCACCAUCACCACCAUAGGGAUCUGGGCGGUCCGUUCAUAUCGGCCCUGGGACUGUGGGGCCUUCUACACCUUCACCCAGCUAAACAUUGUGUCCCUGGGACUCAACUUUCUGAACUCCGCUCUGGACCCUCUGGUCUAUGUCUUCUCCAGCUCCAUGUUCAGGAGGGUGGUCUGCAGGUCACUGCCUGCGGUGCUGCGUUGUGGUCCAGAAGAGACCUCUGAAUCAUCUCAGUGCACCAGCCAGCUGGAGCUCAAGUCCUCCAGUUACGGAGGACAAAGCUGACCCUGACAUGCUUUAAGACCAAUGGAGGAGGACAAAUAAUGAAUUAAAGCAAUAAUGAAAACCUUUGAAAAAUAAACAAAUCCACUUGCCAUUAAUGAGAAUCAGAAACACUUUAUUAAUCCCAAGGGAAAUUAUUUACAUAACAUGCUCUGUACCCGACAUAUCACAAUAAAAUAAACUAAUUUGGCUUCUUUACUUCACA